GUACCAAAUUCUCUUGGAGUUGCUGAAAUCGUACUCAGGCAUUUUUGAUCCUGAAAGGUGCUUGCUGAUGUUGGUAUGUUCACCUGUACCCUGGGAGAGAGCAGGGUGGCAUUUGUACAAGAACACAUUAUACAGUGUCUAGGAGCUCUUGCGUUGCAGUACAACAAAGUUUUCCCUGAGAAAAGUGCUCACAGCUGUCUUCAUGCAAUACCAGCUGAAGUCAGGAAGACUGAGCAAUAGAGAUCCACUGACUUGCCUGGAAGAACACUAUCUCUUGUCAAGUUUUUCCAAGGCUCUCCCCCUAGGUCACACCAAAUUUGAGAAGAACCAAGGAAAUGAGAAAUGCUGUGUAGACAUGAAGAUUCUCCCUCGAGAGCAGGAGAGCAUGGUAGAGAGAGUUGUUUCAUAUGUCAACCAGCUGUUGCCCAUGGUCUCUGAGGAAGGAGUGAGAGUGCAGGACUUCACUACACUACUGCAUGCUUUGGAGCUGAUUGUGUCUCUUCAGUUUUAUCUGUCGGAUGCAAGACUGGAGACACUCCUGGAUCAGGUCAUGAGCCAGGUAGGUUUGGGUCUCAAGAAGAUUUGGAGUGAACCGGAGGUUUCUCGUUGGAACCAGCUCCUGCCUCUUUUGGAACAUCUCAGCAUGCUGUACUCUAGAGUCACCAAUUGUGCAAGACUUUGUGAGGAUCAAACCACAAAGAGGAAGAGAGAGCAAGUACGGAAAUUGUUGAUGUCCAAAACGCCUGUGGUUCUGUACAGCUUGAUUUUGGAGGCAGUGAGGGCUAGGGCCACAAAACCUGCAAACACAACCCAGCUUGGAACUACACAAAUCAGCAUGAGCAGAAGGCCCUUUACAAGUGGUAGAAAUGCCAUGGAUGAUGAUUUUGACAUAGACUUUGAUGACAUAGAGAGCGAAUCCACAGUAUUAAUGAAGAGUGACUUUGAACAGUUUGAGAAUGAUGAUGAGGACACAUCCAGUGGCACAGAUGACCAGCUGAAACUUGAUGAGAAGAGCACCCUAAGCUUAAAGGACCAGUGCAUUGUGGAGGCCCAGAAGCUCAUCAUCUUUACACAUGGAUUUGUGCAGGGCGGAGAGAGGGGUGACGAGAAUGACCAGCCUUUAUUGGAGGUUGCAGAAUUGAUGGAGGACCUAGCCAAGAGCAGUCAGCUAGAGAUGACUGAUGUUGCUGUGAUACUGAACUUCGUCAUUUCACUGUUCAAGGUUGAGUAUGAUGAGGCCAACAUGCAAGAUGGGUUUGUUCUUUUGAGUGCUGUCAGCAUGAAGUAUUCAUCAGAACCGCAGGUUGCCUCCUUCAUUAUCAGCAUCCUCACAGAUCUGCUGACUGACAAUGGUGCUUCCUUGUCAGACGCAGCCAAGCUAAAUGUUGUCCGCCUGUCACAGGGUUUUGCUCAGAAACACCAGAUGGGGAACUACAGUUACUUUGCAGACAAAGCAAUCUUCCAGCUUAUGGUGGAAAUGACAAAGCUUGAUCCAAAACGAGAAUGGUCCAAGUUCAAACCAAAGAAUGGAGAGUCAAUGGGUGAACUACACCACCUCCUAUGUGACCCUAGUCAUGAACAGCGCAUCAUGGCCGCUCGCCUCUCUCAUUUGCUCAUAACAAAGAAUGAUGGGACUCCUCUAGACUCACGACACCAAGACCAGGUGUUCAGGAAGGUGUAUGAGACAGCUCUGGGAAACCUCAGUGUGCAGGGCACAGUCCCUGAAUCUUUUAGCAAAGAUGAAGAGAAUAACCGUGUGGCAACAUUACUGCUCACUCUGGGGGUCAUAGCAGCCAAUUCGCCAUAUCUAGAAGCCAAAGCACUUUUUGCCAUGUGCUUCUGGGCCCCAGGCAAGGAGGUGGAUGCUGCACUGGUUGCUAGGGUAGUUACCAGGGUAGCUGAAUCAAGAGGAAAGCCACUUCGGAUGUAUGCGCGGCACCACCUCCCAUACCUGGCCAGGGAGUGGCUGCAGCAUGGCUAUGAAGUAGAUGCCUUUCCCUUCUCCCUGCUGGAGUGCACCAGUGCAGAGACCUUCAUUCGGGAGAACAUAGACAUCCUUGUGCCUGUCUUCUUUGAGUGUGACCAGAUAGGCCAGCUGGAUCACUUAGCCAAGGCCUGUACAAAAGAUGUCCCACAGUUACUCCAAGAGGCCUUUCCUACGCUUAUGGCCUACAUUUUCCCCUGCAUUGCUGCUGAGACUGAUGAGGCAACCAAGCAGUAUCUGCAGCCUGCUAAGAUCUUUGCAGCUCGUAAGCACUACAAAUUUCUGGAAAAGACUCUUGGGUCAGACCAGCUGAACACCCUACUGGAUAAAGACAUUGAUAAGAUUACACUGACACUGCUUAAGCUUGUCCAUGAUCCCAAUCCCAUGAUUGAGGGAGAGGUUGUGGUGGCUCCCAACCCUCCUCACUUUCCCCCAAUCAUUGUUGAGAAGACGCUAAAGUAUCUGGGAGCUCUCUUUGGUGAGGACAAUCCUCUAGUGUCGGUGCUAGCCACAAGAGGAGCAGAGCUGAUAAAUGUGAUGGUGGGUGUCUUGAGCAAUCUUGCUCACAGUAACACCAAAGAUGAAGCUCGCCAUGCACUCUCAUCAAUCGCUGUCCUCAGUAAAGCUCUUCUUCCCCACCUAGGCCAAAAAUUACGAAAGAAAUCAGCUUAUAUCAUAAAUACCUUGGUCCACACUCUCACGUACUAUACCACAAGAUUACAGGAACUGGCUCCAUACCUAGCAGAUCAAUUGCAAUGAACUCCUGCUGAAUGUAUGCCAGAGUGCUAUAGAAUAUUGUCCAGACAGUCUCUCCUCAAUCAUCCCAGUUCUGUUUACAAGGCUCCUGCCAUUUACUCAGGAAGCAUCCAGUGUGAGGGAGUCUACCUUGCAGAUUA